AUAUCCUUGUCUUGAAAUCAAAAAGUAGAAACCUCAAUAUGGGAACUUUUGUUGGACAUCUAGUUCCCGGGCUGGCACUCGCCUUCCUCGGCCUGUGGCAUACUAUCAAUACCAUUCAUCUCUACUACCUUAAAGGCUCUACCAAGUUCAUGUUAAGGUUUUGGUACCCGUUUAAGAGUCCUGUCCGAAAACUAGAACACCUCGAGCUCAUACUCGUGUUUUUGUUUUCUAUGUUGGCAAUCCUGGUCCAGAUUUUAGACCCUCGACACCUUCACUUCUCCUUUGAGCUUGACAAUAUCGAGCAUGCUACCAUGUUCCUUCAGCUAGUUAUAUUCACGACCUUCACUCUUUUUAGCGAGUUGAAUCAUUUGUCUGAAAAAACGUUAGGCGUCUCGGGCAUCCUUGUUGCCUCAGUUUUUGGGCAGGAACUUUUCUUACUUCACUAUCAUUCAACUGAUCACGUUGGACUCGAAGGUCAUUACCAUUGGCUAAUGCAGCUCAUAGUAUGCGUUUCUUUUCUUGUAGCAAUAUAUGCAACGAUUUCCCCCACCAGCUUCCCUGCAGCAUUAGUUCUUUCCACAUCAGUAGUGUUCCAAGGAUGUUGGUUCAUAAACAUGGGAUUCAUGCUAUGGCUUCCUAACUUUGUCCCCCGAGGAUGUGUCACUCAGACAACAAAUCUUAGCAACGCCAUCGUCGUGAACGGAGCAGUUGUAUGUGGGACCCAUGAGGCCGAUUUGAGGGCCAGGGCUUUGGCAAACUUGCAGUUUUGUUGGAUAUUCUCUUCAAUCUUGAUCUUCAUGGCAUCUAUCUGCAUAGCUUUUGGGAGAUGGCGGACAGCAAGGAGGCAGUCAGAGUACGAGCAACUUCCCUGUCCAGGUUCACAUGAUCCCCCUCUUGCAGCUGGUGGAUUCAAACAAAUCCAACUGUAAGUUUGCUACUAAAUUAAAGAAUCGACCAGGCUGUAAGAUGAUGGAGAAUCUAUAGUUUUUAAUGUUGCAACUGUCUAUCGCCACCGGAUACUAUAUGGUUUGCUAUCGUCGUCUUGGAUUGGGAGUUGGCUGAGGCUCCUUUCAACCAGAAAGUCUGCUUGCCUUUGUUGAAUUUGGUCAUGCUCAUUUACUAAUGAGCAAAUUGUAAUGACCUCUUCUAAUUAACCAUCAUAGACGCUAACAAACUUAUAAAUAAUGUCGUCACACUUAUAAUGUAGGUAUAAAUAACUGUGGAGGCGUUUAGUAGAACUAAAUACACAUCUAAAUCUAUGUAUUAAUUCUUAUGUUUUGUAACGACUAGUGAUAAGAACCCUAGUCUGGACGCAAGGCGCAAACACAAUCCUUCCUUACUAGUAGACUGUCAUAUCUGCUUUCUCAUUCUUUGAAGCAAGAAACAAGAAAGCAAAGAAAAAUA